UGCUCCUGUCGGUUGUGCACGCGCUCGCCAGCUCGACAAUUUGUUAACUUGGUCCGCGAGACACGUCCAGUGCACACCUGUGCGCGCCACUAGGCGCUCGCUUCUUGCUUCACGUCGACUCAAGUCAAGUCAACUCAAGCCAAGUCAAGUCAAGGGAAGAGAAGCACGAAAAAGAAACGUAGCAAAUUUGCACCUAAAUUGCUUUAAAUUAUCUGCCCAAAAAAUUUUGGCACGCGCGGAGUUUGCAUUCACAAGGACUCGCUGAAGUCGAGAUGUGUGUGUGUCCGUGUGUUGUUGUUGGUGUUUGUGAGUGUGUGUAUUGUUUACGCUCAGCUGCUGCUCUGCAUCCCAGCAGAAAAUAAAAGAAAAACAAAAUAACCGCUAAGUGUUUUACAAGUUGAAAGCAUUAAGUUCGGUCGCUGGAAAAGAAAAGAGCGUCGGUAAAAAUCUCUGACUUGGCAAAGCGACUGCCAUACUAAUGGCCAUAAUAACAGUCAACAACAAAGGCAACCGCAACAGCAAAAGCAACAGCAAUAGGAGGAACAACGACAACGACAACUGACAACAACAAUUACAGUAGCCAAAGCAGCAUGCCCCUGCGUGCAGCAUGUUCCUCUAACUAUGCUGUAGAACAACUACGAGUAUUCAACUGCAGCGGCAGCGGCAGCAGCAGCAGCGAGUGGCAAGCCAAUAAUUGCAUUCGAUUCAAGGACUAACUUUGUGCCACACACACACACAUGCAACAACCACAAUGACUUUUAUGCGCAAACUAACAGCAACAGCAACAACUGCGGCACGAACCAUGUUUGAGACUGGCAACAACAAUGGGGCAACAACAAGGCUGUUGGCAACAAAGGAUGCAGAGUCACACAACUCGCAUGCCGUCUACAUGCCACUGCUCCUUGAGGCAUCUGCCUCGGCCACGGCAACGGCGGCGUCACAUGCGAAUUAUUUGAAUUUCGUUGCCGAUGGACUUAUCGAUGUCGAUGGCAGCAGCAGCAACAGCGGUUCCUUGCCAUUGGAUAACUUAAGCUUUGGCCAGGAUAAUGGCAGCACAUCGACAGCGGCAGCGGCGGCGGCGGCAGCUGAAGCAGGCAGCGGGCAUUUAACAUUUGUCAUCGUCAAGUGUUUCAUUAUAGGUUUCAUCAUACUGGCCGCCAUACUGGGCAACAUGCUGGUGAUUGUGUCCGUUAUGCGGCACAGAAAGUUGCGCAUCAUUACCAACUAUUUUGUGGUUUCACUGGCGGUGGCCGACAUGCUGGUCGCUCUCUGUGCGAUGACAUUUAAUGCUUCCGUCGAGAUAUCUGGCAGAUGGAUGUUCGGUUCGCUCAUGUGCGAUAUAUGGAACAGCUUUGAUGUUUACUUCUCCACAGCCAGCAUAAUGCAUCUAUGUUGCAUAUCGGUGGACAGAUACUAUGCUAUAGUGCAGCCACUUGACUACCCACUGAUAAUGACGCAUCGUCGUGUGUUUAUCAUGCUGCUGUUGGUCUGGUUAUCGCCUGCACUGCUCUCCUUUCUGCCCAUCUGCUCUGGCUGGUAUACGACCAACGAGAACUGGAAAUAUCUCAAAUCAAAUCCGCAUAUAUGCGAAUUCAAAGUGAACAAAGCGUAUGCCAUUGUCAGCUCAUCGAUGAGCUUUUGGAUACCAGGCAUCGUCAUGUUGUCCAUGUAUUAUCGCAUUUACCAGGAGGCGGAUCGACAGGAGCGUUUGGUCUACAGGUCUAAAGUGGCCGCCCUGCUGCUGGAGAAGCAUCUGCAGAUUAGCCAAAUACCCAAGCCGCGGCCAAGCAUACAAGUGGAGCAGUCGGCCAUAACGACAAUGCGGCGCGAACGGAAAGCAGCCCGCACAUUGGGCAUCAUAAUGAGCGCCUUUCUGCUCUGCUGGCUGCCCUUCUUCCUCUGGUACAUCACAUUUACGCUGUGCGACAGCUGCAAGACGCCGCGAAUCGUUGUCGGCAUACUGUUCUGGAUUGGUUACUUUAACUCGGCGCUUAAUCCAAUUAUUUAUGCAUACUUCAAUCGCGAUUUCAGGGCCGCAUUCAAGAAAACGCUCAAGAGCUGCUGUCCCUAUGCGUUCAUCAAUUGUCGCGCCAGCAUUCGAGCAUUUGGAGGCGGCGGCGGCGGCGGCGACGGCGCUGGAAGGAAUGGCAACGGCAGAGGAGGGACUGGCCAUCGGAGGGGGGAUAAUGGCGCCAGGAAUGGCUCGGCUGAUCUGCCAGCGUAUAUGAACUCGACGGCCUCGUCGGAGAUACACAUGAAUGUGAUGCGGGGGCGUCCAUAUGGCUCUGUCACGCCCACAAUGACCGCCCAGGAGCAGCAGCAGCUGCAUCCACUGUACACAAAUUAAGCAAGCAACGUAACGUAUCAAAUCCAACUACAGACUACUGACAUCUUCAUCCCACUUGAUGCUCGACUCAUGUGUGCUUCUUAUGUGUACCUUCAACUUAAAAAUAAGCGCUAUAAUACAACCUACUAUCUACUAUAUAUCUUAUGCGCCCAACUGUAAGACCACACGCUAUAAGCAAAACAAAACAAGAGAAUAGAACGAUUUAAUACUAUACCGAACACGACAAUCCCACAGAAAUAAUUGAAGCCUUCAGAAUACAUUAGCCGAAAUCAAUGUGCAAAUUAAAAAUUGAAAAUGAAAAAUGAAACAAAAAAAAAAAACCAAAAAAUUAAAACAAAAUGAAUACGUACAAUAAAUAAUUGAAAUAUUUACAAGUUGAAUUUAAAGCGAAAUUGUUGAGCAAACAAAAAACAAAAGAAAUUAUAAACGAUAUUAAAUAUAUGAAUGUAUAUGAAAAGAAUUCCUAGAAUUGCCGGCAAUUUCAAGCAACAUUUGAUUGGCAUUUAGUGCAAUGUGUUUAUACUUAUAUGGCAUAUAUAUAGAUAUACUACUUAUAUACAGAUAUACUAUAUAUAUAUACAUAGUUAUUGAAUGUUUGAUAUACGUAUAUAAAUAGUAAUGCAACAUUUACGACGCUAGUGUAUUUGAUGUCCCAUGAAUUAUUGAUACGCGAAUGUCUUCUUAUAUGCCUAGACGUGUAAGUAAGUAGCAUAUAUAGUAUAUUAAUAAAUGUAUAGUAUGUAUAUAGUAUUGUAGUACUACACGUGUACUGCACGUGCUCAGCUCGUACUAAUUUCGUAAAUCGUACGACUAACAUAUCCAUUGGGUCUAUUAGCCACUCUACUCGUAGCCUCCACACAAUAAGUAUAUAUAGUAUAAUAAUAUACCGAGUAAAUACAGAAGCGUGACUUGAAGUCUCAUCAAAACAAAGCUGUUACAUAACAAUUGAGCACGUCGCGAUUUUUGAGCGCAUUAGUUAAUUGUUGUAGUAAGUCUAGUUAGCGCUCAAAUACCAUAAUGGAUCGUAUAUUAGACGCUAAGUAAUUACCUAUUUAUUCUAUUCGAUUCUAUUCUAUCGACAACAACAACAAUCACUCGCUCGCUGUGUAGCAGCUAAAUUACGUUUACUCUGUUUAGUUAUUCCACUCGAAUUGCAAACUGCCAGAACUUUUUGUUGGCCUGACAUAUCUCUACGAUUAUCAACAACAAAUCUCUAUACUAUUUUCAUAUAAAUUUUAUAUUUAUAUUUAUAUUGAUUUAGCAUUGCCCUGACAAUCUUAUCCAAGCGCGCUUUGACUUUGCAUUUAGAUUACAAGCACCAAAGCAAACAAAAACCAAAAAACCAAAAAAAAAAUAAAUAAAACGAAACUAAAACCAAAACAAGCAAAAUAAAUUAUUAAGAUUGUUUCGUCUCUUUUCUUUUCGCUGUCGCUGUCGUUUUCGUUUUCGGUUUUUUCUACUAACUUUCAUUUUCGACUGUCUGAGAAAACAAAGCAAUUAUUUACACCGAGCAGCUUAUCAAGUUCGCUUUGUUUGCCUUAAAUAUCAAAUUGUUGCAAUAUACUUCUAUACUACAUACUAUAUAUCUAUGUAUACAUUGUAUACUUAGUAUGUACCAUGUACUUAGUGUGUACGCAAACAUAUAGCGAGCACUGUUUUGCGAAUCAUAGUCAUUAUCUAAAGCGCCAGCUUAAGGGCUCAAUCCAAUAGACAAAUGAGCUUCUGUCUGUCUUUCUGUCUGCGCCGUCUUUUAGUAUAUGACAAUAUUUAUUUUAUUUAACUUUGACACUUUGAUUAAACAUGGAAACGCCCACGAAAUGCCACCGAAUUCGCGUGUUCUCAGCACAAUCAAUUUUUGAAAUCCAAACGUGAAAUCGAUGAGAAUAUCUAAAAGGGGGAUAGAGAGGAAUACACUUGGCCUUGUACUUGACAUUAACAUGCAUUUGCCAUUACCAAUUUCCAAAUAUAAUUGGCUUUAAUUAGCGUCCAGCAAAUACGAAUUUAUUAAUACAAUUUUCGAUAAAGAAUUAUUAUUUGGAUGCCAGCCAAAUUUAAUGUUGAAGUAAUUCCACAUUUAAAAGAAUCUUUCGGUUUUUUUAUUCACAUCAAUCGAAAUAGAUCAAAGUAGAUUUUAGCAAUCAAAAGAACGGAAAGUAUAGGGCCAAUGAUGUCAUUGUUUGCUCAUCAGCUACUCUAUUGCAUAUUUCUAAUUAAUACCGGACAUAAUGAAAGAGUAAAGUAAAUACAUUUAAAUGCAUUGAUCGUUAAUUGUUGCCACAAGUGUUCAAGGUGUUUGUACUUGCCGCAGGCUUUCACAAUAGAGCUCAGAGUACACUUCAGUUGAAAGCCACUAAAAAUAGAUCUAUUAAUAUAAUCUGCAAAGCGUGAGGCAAAUGCGUAAAGUAUCUAUUCGUACUAUCAGUACAAAGUAGUGAGUCACAACUAAUGGCAAUAUGCAGUUAAUAUAUUGACGCUGAUUGAAAGUACGUAAACCAUUCACGUCACAGACUUGUGUGUGUGUACUAUAUAUUUCUUAACUCAGCUGGCUAACAAUAAUAAUAACAGUAACAACAACAACAACAACAACACCAACAACAUGCGAUGUAUUGUUAGUUGGUUUAGCAACAAAUUGGCUUGUGAAUUGACAGACAGAGCAUGUGACUUUCAGUUAUAAAUAAAUUAAAUAUUUAGCGUAAAUAAAAAGGCAAAUAAUUAAGUUAUGGCAGCUCGGUAUACUCCACCAUACAGUAAAUUGAUCACACAGUCACAGUCAUCGGCAAAAGUCUAUCCACCAGCGCUGAUAAUGAUGAUAAGCUCUCUCUCUAUUCCAGACGAUAAACUGAUCAACUUUUGCCCACAAACACUGUGUAAACACUUUAAUGACUGAUUAAUUUCAUUGCAUUCGACACUUUGUUCAUUCCGAAAUUAGAAUUGUACGAUCUAAAAAACAGUAGUAGUCAUUAAUGAAUGUACAAUAUGUACUUACUUACCAUCUAAAUGGAUUUGUGUGUGUAACUGUUAAUGUUGAAUGUAUUUAGCAAAGCAAAAAGAAAAAAAAGAAAAACAAUAUAUCAUAUUCAAGAGAAAGCCAAAUACGCUCGUAAAUGUCCAAAAGUUUAACUACAGCUUAGAUUAUUGACAAUGUAAUGAAAUUACGAAAAAUGCUAUAUAUAGAGAAUAAGUAAUUGUUAAAUGUGUUUGUUGUGUGUGUAUGUGCGUGUGUGUACAGCAAUAAUAGCAACAAUAUGAAUAUAGAAUACCAAGAAUAGCUAAUGAAAACUUGUUAAACUGCUUACAGCCAUUUGCACGUAAAGUUGCAUCACAAAUCAUCGCAGUCAAGUUACAUAACUUGCAAUCUUAACUCAGACUUGAUCGACUUGCAAAUGCCCUCUACAAAAAUUCCUAACUGCUUUUUUUACCUUGCCUUACAGUAUGUGAUUUUCAUUUCUUCAGCAAGCAAGUCUCAAAGUAUUUUAGUUUAAAGCAUAUUUCAAAAAGAAUAAUACAACAAACUAUCUCGACAUUCUCAUUUGGAUUCAGGGUAUAACAUAGACAUCCAUGCAAAUCUUUAUAAUAUCUGUCAAUUCUGGAAUUGCAAUAACUUCAAAUAAACAUCAAACACAGAGUCGAGGCUUAAGUAAAUGUUAAUAGUAUGUGCGUUCUCUCAGUGUAAUUAAAGUCAAGCGUGUAAUAAUCAUUAUACUAUGCAAGAAGAGGAAGAAGAGGCAAAAAAAAAA